UUUCGAGGAAGCUUGGGUCGAUGAAUUGUCAUCUUCCAGUACUACGACAUCUAGUACAUGGAACACUACCGAAGGGGUGACCACGCCCUCAACAACCAUAACUAGUCUGUCCUCUACAACUCCGACUACCAAGGUCACUGAGACUCCUACUACGACGGAGAGCCUCGAGGAAGUUUGGUUGGAAGAGUCGUCUUCUUCCAGUACUACGACUUCUAGUACGUGGAUCACUACCGGAGAGGCGACCACGUCCUCAGCAACCACAACUACUCUGCCCUCUAUAACUCCGACUACCGAGGUUACUGCGACUCCCACGACGAUAGAGGGUCUCGAGGGAACUAGGGUCGAUGAACUGUCUCCUAGUACUACGACACCUACUACGCCGGCCACUACUGGAGAAGCGAUCACGUCCUCAACAACCACAACUACUCUGUCCUCCGCGACAAUUUCCACUACCGAGGUUACUACGACUCCUACUAUGACGGAGAGUCUCGAGAAAGUUUGGGUUGGGGAAUUGUCUUCUUCAAGUACUACCAUAUCUACUACGCCGAGCACUGCUGAAGAAGCGAGCACGUCCUCGACAACCACAACUACUCUGUCUCCCCCUAAAACUCCGACUACCGAGGUUCCUGCGACGGAGAGUCUCGCGGAAGUUUGGGUCGAUGAACUGUCCUUUCCCAGUACUACGACAGCUAGUACAUCGACUACUACUGAAGAAGCGAUCACGCCAUCAACAACCACAACUACUCUGUCCUCCGCGACAACUUCGACUACCGAGGUUACUGCGACUCCUACUACGACGGAAAAUCUCGAGGAAGUUUGGGUCGAUGAAUUAUCUUCUUCUAGUACUACGACAUCUACCACAUCGACCACUGCGGAAGACGCAACCACAUCCUCAACAACCAUGACUACUCUGUCCUCUACAACUCCGACUACCGAAGUUGCUGCGACUUCUACUCUGACUUCCACGACGACAGAGGGUCUCGAGAAAACUAGGGUCGAUGAAUUGUCUUCUUCUAGUACUACGACAUCCAUUACAUCGACCACUACUGAAGAAGCGAUCACGUCGCCAUCAACCCGAACUAUUCUCUCCUCCGCGACAACUUCGACUACCGCGGCUACAGCGACUCCUACUACGACGGAAAUUGUCGAGGAA